CCAACUUUAUCAUUUUUCCUCUGCAUCGCCCAACCCUCUCAACACCCAGAGCCAAAGGGAAAAGAAAUAGGCAAACAACAAUCUAAUACCCAUGGCUAUGUCAGCUGCCACCUCCCAAUCUUUCCUCCUCAACAACCCCACCACCCACCAGAACCACCCAUCCCUCAAAUCCACCACCCACCUCGCCACCUUCUCCACCACCCAUUUCCACCCUACCACCACCCUCACCUCUACAUACAAAUCUGUAUCUAUAACCUGCUCAGCCGCCAGCUCAACCACAACCACCCCCCUCCAAACAGCUUCAUCCUCCACCUCCUCAGAUCGGGUCUUCAACUUUGCUGCGGGCCCCGCUACCCUCCCUGAAAACGUCCUCCAAAAAGCCCAAGCCGACCUCGUCAACUGGCGCGGCUGUGGCAUGUCCGUCAUGGAAAUGAGCCACCGUGGCAAAGAAUUCCUCUCCAUUAUUCAAAAAGCCGAAUCAGAUCUCAAAACCCUCCUUAAUAUCCCCGAAAACUACGCCGUUCUCUUUCUCCAAGGCGGCGCCACCACCCAAUUCGCGGCCCUUCCCCUCAACCUCUGCUCACCGGACGACGCCGUGGAUUACGUCGUCACCGGUUCGUGGGGUGACAAGGCAUACAAAGAGGCAGUUAAAUACUGCAAGCCUAACGUCAUUUGGAGUGGCAAAUCUGAAAAAUACACCAAGAUCCCGACUUUCGAUUCUUUACAACAAACCCCAGACGCCAAGUAUUUGCAUAUAUGCGCCAAUGAAACUAUUCACGGAGUUGAAUUCAAGGAUUAUCCUAAACCCAGUAAUGAAAAGACCAUCCUUGUUGCUGACAUGUCAUCCAAUUUCUGCUCAAAGCCAGUUGAUGUUAGCAAAUUUGGUGUUAUUUACGCUGGUGCCCAGAAGAAUGUUGGUCCAUCUGGGGUUACAAUUGUUAUAAUAAGGAAAGAUUUGAUUGGAAAUGCACAGGAAAGUACACCUGUGAUGUUGGAUUACAAGAUCCAUGCUGAGAACAAUUCAUUGUAUAAUACACCCCCUUGUUAUGGGAUUUACAUGUGUGGGCUUGUAUUUGAAGAUCUGUUGGCACAAGGUGGAUUGGUGGAAGUUGAGAAGAAGAAUAAGAAAAAGGCUGAGAUUUUAUACAAUGCUAUUGAUUCAAGCAAUGGGUUUUUUAGGUGUCCAGUUGAGAAAUCAGUGAGGUCAUUGAUGAAUGUGCCAUUUACAUUGGCUAAACCAGAAUUGGAGGCUGAGUUUGUGAAGGCAGCAGCUGUUGAGAAGAUGGUGCAGCUGAAAGGGCAUAGGUCUGUUGGAGGAAUGAGAGCUUCAAUAUACAAUGCUAUGCCUUUGGCUGGUGUUGAAAAGUUGGUUGCUUUCAUGAAGGAUUUCCAAGCUAAGCAUGCUUGAUUAGUAUUUUGUUGUGUUAUAUUUUUCUUUUUAUGCUUUCAUUAUUUUCUUUUGGUGUCUUUAUGUUCUGUUGGUUUAUUUGGGUUUAAGAGGCAAAAUGCAGCAACGUGAAUGAUACUUAAGCAUAUCUCGGUCCUAUUGAUUCUUGUGUACUUCUAGGAGUUCCUUAGAAAUAUGAAAACUAUUAUUAGUACUAGAAGCUUAAUGAAAAAAAGAUUAUCUUUUGCUUUGUUUCUUUCA